AAAUUAAUCGCCUCCAUUCCAACAAAGAGAACGAAAGAGAAAGUUCUUCCAUAAUUUAUUUAUUUUGGUGUGUUUUUCUUUGGAAAUUCAUGACUUACUUUCGUAUAAUUAAGGAUUAAGUUAUUUAUUUUAUUUAAUUAAUUAUUGAUUUAAAUAAUAUAAAAGGCAGAGGGAAAAUGGUAGAGAGAGAAAGAAAGAUAGAGAGAGAGAGGGAGAUCACAAAUUUCGCUAUUGAGGAAUGCCUGUAAUUUGCUGCAUUUUUGCAUACUCUUGACGGCUUUUCCAGCCUCGGUUCUCUGCUUCUUCAAGCAUCGACCCAGAGGCUGGUUCCGGAGAACAAGAGCUGCCCAAUUUGAUUUCUGGGUUUUUUUUCUGGGAAAUUGGGAGAUUUUUUUAUUGUAAUUGAUAGAAAGAUACAAUCUUUUUAUUUUUGUUUUCUUUUCGAAUUCAUUGAAGGUUAUAAAUUGUACAAGUAUAUAUUAAUUGUUAAACUUGGUAAGAAAAAAUGAGUGUUGUAUCUGGGGUAAUAUCAAGGCAAGUUUUGCCAGCAUGUGGAAGUCUUUGUUUCUUCUGCCCUGGCCUGCGGGCAAGGUCUAGGCAGCCUGUGAAGAGGUACAAGAAAAUGAUUGCGGAUAUUUUCCCCAAAACCCAGGAUGAAGAACCGAAUGAUCGAAUGAUAGGAAAGCUCUGUGAAUAUGCUGCGAAAAAUCCCUUGCGUGUCCCAAAGAUCACUAUUAAUCUUGAGCAGCGGUGUUACAAGGAGUUACGAAAUCAGAAUUUUAAUGCUGUGAAAACUGUCAUGUGUAUCUACCGAAGGUUACUGGUGACUUGUAAAGAACAAAUGCCUUUGUUCGCAAGCAGUUUGCUAAGUAUCAUGAACAUUUUGCUGGAUCAAACGGGUCAGGAUGAAUUGCGAGUUAUAGGAUGCCAGGCACUUUUUGUUUUUGUAAAUAAUCAGAAAGAUGGUACUUUCAUCUUUAACUUAGAAGACUUUAUUCCAAAACUGUGUCUGCUAGCUCAAGAAGUUGGGGAAGAUGAGAGGGGAUUUCGUCUUCGAGCAGUUGGGCUGCAGACUCUUUCUUCAAUGAUUUGGUUCAUGGGUGAACAUUCCCAUAUGUUAGCUGAAUUUGAUAAUGUUGUUUCAGUAGUCUUGGAAAACUAUGCUACUCAACAGAAUACGGUAGAUGACACUGACAAUCAGGGCUCUGGUGGUAGAUGGGUGCAACAAGUGCAAAAUGAUGAGGGUCAUGUAAUAGCCUCACUUGAUAUGUCAAGGAUUCCUACUUGGGGAGGAAUCAUAAAUUCUAAAGGCGAAUUGAAUGUGGCAGAGGAACUUGCCAAGAAUCCUGGUUUUUGGUCCAGGGUUUGCCUGCAUAACAUGGCUAAGCUAGGCAAGGAGGCUACCACCACAAGACGUGUUUUGGAAUCUUUAUUCCGUUACUUUGACCAUGGAAAUCUGUGGUCUCCGGAACAUGGGGUUGCUUGUCCUGUUUUGGAAGAUAUGCAGGCAGUUAUGGAAAGUUUAGGUCAUAGUUCACACUUUUUAUUGUCGAUACUGGUGAAGCAUCUGGAUCACAAAAAUGUACUCAAACAACUUGAGAUGCAGUUGAACAUUGUGGAGGUGACCACCAUCCUGGCUGAGCAAGCAGAGGUUGAGCCUUCUGUUUCUUUGCUUGGUGCUGUAAGUGAUAUUAUGAGACACAUGCGCAAAAGUAUUCACAGCUCAUUUGAUGAUUCCAACCUUGGUGCUGAUGUUAUUAAAUAUAACAGAAGAUUUAAAGAAUUAGUGGAUGGGUGCCUCGUGCAGUUAGUCCACAAGGUUGGAGAUGCUGGUCCAAUUCUUGAUAUAAUGGCUGUCGUGCUAGAAAAUAUUUCUAGUAUCACUGUUUUAGCCCGGACCACAAUUGCAACUGUGUUCCGGACAGCACAAAUUGUAGCUUCCUUACCAAAUGUAUCAUAUCAAAACAAGGCGUUUCCAGAGGCUCUGUUUCAUCAAUUGCUCCCAGCAAUGGUUCACCGAGAUCAUGAAACUAGGGUUAUGGCUCACCGUAUAUUCUCUGUUGUUCUUGUGCCAUCUUCAGUGGCUCCGCGUCAAUAUUCAGCUCCACCAAUGUCCGGGAAGGCUGCUUAUAUUCCAAGGUCUCUUUCUAGAACUGUCUCGGUAUUUUCUUCUUCUGCCGCCCUGUUUGAGAAAUUACGCAAGGAAAGAUCAGGAAGUAAAGAGAAUAUUCCUUUUGAGCUGGGAAAUAAUAAUGGCGGGAUGCUCGAUAGACUGAAAUCAUCCUACAGUCGAGCAUCUAGUAUCAGGAACCCAGUGCAUGUACCGACAGAGGAAAGUUCUGUGAGCAACUUGAACAAGGAAGUGGGAGGAAGUUCUCUCAGGUUAAGUAGUAGACAGAUCAUCCUCCUUUUGUCGUCAAUUUGGGCGCAAUCGAUCUCCCCUGAAAAUACACCUGAAAACUUUGAGGCAAUUGCUCAUACAUACAGCCUGGUUUUGCUAUUUUCUCGUGCCAAGAGUUCUAGUCAAGAGGCACUUGUUCGAAGUUUUCAGCUUUCGUUUUCCUUGAGAGGCAUUUCUCUAGCAGAAGGAGGGCCUCUGCCACCAGCACGUCGUCGAUCACUCUUCACCUUGGCCACAGUAAUGAUAAUAUUUUCAGCAAAAGCUUAUGAUAUUCAUUCUCUUGUCUCUUGUGCCAAGGCAACACUGAAUAAUAAAAUGGUUGAUCCGUUUCUAUCUGUAGUUGGUGAUAGCAAAUUGCAGGCUGUUAACAAGAAUGCAACUAUAGAAUUUGGCUGCAAAGAGGAUGAUAGUUCUGCUACAAGAUUUUUAUCAGAAAUUAUAAUCACAGAGGACCAAACCAGGGAAUCCUUUGCUGCCGAAAUUGUUAGAAGUCUUGAAAAGAUUAAGGAUGCUGAAUUAUGUACUGUAAAAGAGCAAUUGCUGAGUGAAUUUUUGCCUGAUGAUGUGUGUCCUUUGGGGGCUCAGAUGUUUGAGAACCCAUCCAAAAUAUACGAACUGGAUGCUCGACAAAGUGUAUGCCAUGAUGAUACUAUUCCAAUCUUUACAAUGGAUGAUGAUUAUUUCCCUGGUCAUCAGCCCAAGCAGGAGUUAUUAUUGACUAUAGAGAAUGCCAGUCUCUUGAAUGCCAAUCAACUUCUUGAAUCAGUCCUGGACACAGCUCACCAAGUGGGUAGAUUUUCAGUUUCAACUGCUCCUGAUUUGCCUUACAAGGAAAUGGCUAGUCAUUGUGAAGCUCUUAUGAUGGGUAAGCAGCAGAAGAUGUCCCAUUUGAUGACGGUACAGAGACAAGAAAGCGUAAUGAGCUUCAGUAUCCAAAACAUUGACCUUGAGCCAACCAGCAGGGUGCCUCCGACACUGGCUGGAAAUCCUUUUGUUGAUGAUAAAUUGAUGGUUCCUGCGUUCAACACCUUACCACCUGCGAAUUCUGUACCCAUGCUAUGUGCUACUGAAUACAAUUCAUAUCCGCAGCACUAUAAGCUUCCUGUAUCAAGCCCUUACGACAACUUCUUAAAAGCUGCCGGUUGUUGAUUGAUAAAAGCAACAAGGGAAGCAGUACAUAUAUAUAUAAAUUAAUAUAUAUUCUGGAAUUGCUCGUGACAUCUUGGUCUGUCUCGCAUAUGGCAUACGAAGUAGCUAAAGACUCUAUCAGCUACUCCUUCCUGAAGCAGCUUGAAUAGAGUCAGCCUCAGAUUCCGAAAAUUCAUUGUAUUCUUUUAUUAAAUUAUUAAUUUUGUUUUCCAGUGAGAUACUUACUGCAAACAGGUAGUGUCUUCUGGAUUUUGCUUGGUCAGAGUAGAUUUCAACUACAGAUUACAUUCUCAUCUGUAUCUGUAGGAAGUUUCCGCGUUGUAUAAAAGGAAACAUUUUUCAUUUUUCAUUUUUCAUUUUAUUGGUGUUACUUGACACCCAAAUGUUUUGUAUGUAUAAUAGAACUUACUUACUGUGUAUAUUUGCUGAGCAUUGAUGAUAAAAGCCAUUCGAUUUUUGUGGUUUUA